GUCAAUUUUAUUUGAAUAGCACAUUUCAGACACAGGUAAACUCAAUGUGCUUUAAUGUAAAACAUGGUAAAUAUAUUUAAACGAAUGUUAUUGAAAACACAUAGAUACUCCACAUAAAUACAAUAACCUUUCAGCCAUCUAUUACAACAUUCACACAUGGAUUACAGCAUGCACACACAAGCACACACACACACACACACUAACUACCAAAAGGCUGAGAGAAAAGCAAUGUUUAAAAGACUGCUUUUAAAAGAAGAUACAGUAGCAGCAGAUCUCAGGUCAUCAGGCAGUUUGUUGCAGAGAACAGCACCUCAGUAAUUAAAUGCACCUUCACCUGACUAAUCUAAUUCUGGGUACAUUUAAGAGACACAUGAUUGAUGAUCUGAGGGAUCUGAUUGGGCUAUACCCAGUGAGCAGUUCGGGAAAUAUAUUUAGGAGCCAUACUAUUUAGGUCCUUGUAAACAACAGCUUAAACAGCCAGAAAUAGUCUCCUUCCCACAUGUGUCUUUUAGUUUUGCUUCCUUUCAUUGAUUGCGUUGAUUAUUUUCACCUGUGUCUCGAUGUCUCCCCUUGCUGUGUGUAUUUAAGUCUGUCUUUCUUUGUUAAAUUGUUGUUGUAUGUGUGUUAAGCUUCCCGCCGCCUCGCCCUGUUUCCUGACUUGAAGAGCUUGAAGUUAUUCAUGACCUGAUUUGCCUCCAGGACAUGUGGAGUAAGUCAAGCAAUGUCUUCCACAAAGAGGCAAUUGUCUCUUUGGCACAGGGGAAAUUGUUGACAUUGCCUGGGCUGAGGGAGGCCAUUCCUGAGUGGAUCACAGACUUCCUCGAUGCCCAGGGACCACAGCAAGAGUCCCAGCCAGUUAGCCUCCAGCCUUCACCUCAGCCUGCACCCUGGUCUAUUAAGCUCAGGAUCAUGAGCCUGCAACCUGCCUGUCCUGAGCUGGCCCAGCUCUGAACCAGUACCUGGACACCUGCCUGGCUUUUGGAGGCCCUCGCAGCCGUCAGCUUGGUUUCCAGCCUGCUAGCCGCCUGGCCAACUCACUAGCCUGCUAGUCAUCACCCUGAAUCCCGGCUGAUAUCCUUGCAUGCUUACCUCCUGCGUGCUAACCUCCAGCCUUCAGUCUUCAUGUUUCCAGUCUGCACCGCUGCCUGCUAACCAGCUUACACCUCAGCCUGUUCCUGUCUUGGAGGAACCUUCUGGAAAGCCCCCCAGACGGAAGCGUGGCUCUUGCUGACAAUAUGCUUUCCCGCUUCCCAGCUGCUCGUCCUCACUGCUGCCCAGCACCUUAGAGACUCAGCUGUCCAUUGCUGGAGAGCCAUCCCCUGCUCCGGUUGGGCUGCAACAGCCUCCUGAGCUCUGUGAGCUGCAGCACACUGUGGAAUCCCCAGAAUAGCAAACACCGGCCCUUGAACUGCUGCAGUCCCCUGUUCCUGCAGUCUCGCAGCUGAACUCUGUUCCUGAAUGCGAACAGAGUCCUAUUCCUGUGGAAAUGCAGCUGUUCCCAGUUUAUGAACUGCUGCAAUCUGCCAAGCUGCAGCAGUUUGCAGUCCCUGUUGCACCGUGACAUUCUCCUGCUUCCCUGGAUCCACUGGCUUCCAGGUCUGCACUCCAAUUGCUGGCCUCCAGUCCUGCUGCCCUGUUGCCAGCCCCUUGCUUAGCUCUCCAGUUAAUAGACCCCGGUCUUGAUCUCCAGCCACGCUGCCAUCCUCCAGAGGGCUUCGGUCUACCCCACCGGCAUCCUGUUUGACCUCUGGAGGGGUUUCGCCUUUGCCGCCGACCUCCUGAGUUGCUCUGCUCGUAUGUCCUGCCCUUAGGCUGUCUGCCUGAGGUUCCUAGCUCAGCUUCUGUCCCCCCCAGACAAUCUGUCUGUCUUCCCAUUGGCCUUGAAUUGUUGUCUCCCCUAGCUGUGUGUAUUCAAAUCUUUGUCAAUUGUUGUUGUACGUGUGUUAAGCUUCCUGACCCUAGUAUUGUCUGUCUUGGCUUUAUGAUCUGUUUCUGGUGUACCUUCGUUUAUGGACUUGGAUUUUGGUUUUUGCUGGCUCCGUGUUGGACUUGUUUUUUUUUUCUCUCAAUUAGUUUUCUUUAGACUGCUUACCUGGUUGUGACCACUGCCUGCCUGUAACCCGAGUAAGCCUUGUUCUUUUCAUUAAAACUGUUGACCUGAACCUGCUCUGUCUGCGUUUUGAGUCCUCGUUUCCUGGCUUGACAUUUAGGCGUGACAUUUACAGGACUGAGGUUGUCUAAGGAUACAUUGUGAUCUUGUAUCUUCGUACCAAGAAGCAUGUAUAUCUUGAAUAGCAGUGGAGGUUAUUUUUAAAUAUGUUGCGACCCAUUGAAGAACCGGUCUAGAUAUGCCAAUACAGUUCAAGUCCAUUUAGUAGAAUGUCAUGAUCAAGUGUCGAAAGCGGCACUCAGGUCUAAUAAUACAAAAAUUUGUCUUAAUCGCUGUUAAGAUCAUUGAUUACUUUGCCAUUUCGGUGCAUGAUUCACUCUAAAACCCUACAGGUACACAUCAUACAGAUUGUGGAGGGUUAAGUAACUGCAGUUGUUUGUAGACAACCUUUUCAAGGAUUUUACUAAUGGGAAGGUUGGCGAUUGGUCUAUAGUUGUCACAGAUGGGUCUAGAUUACUCUACUUUUUACUUACACUUUUUUUAUUUAUUUUUUUUAGUAACAUGCUUGAGAGUAGAAAAACACGACUGUAGGGAGACAUUAAUGAUAUGCAGAAGAUCAUCUAAUAGGCAGUGAAAGAGACAUUUACACAGCUUUGUGGGAAUAGGGUCGAGAGAACAGAUGCAAGAUUUAAGCUGCUAGACCACCUCGUCAAGAUCACUAGUUUGCUGGUGGAAAAAUUGCAUAGUACACAGGAUGGUUCGCUGAUGUGAAGGGACAGACAGGAUAGACUCACUUUCUAGGAGGGCACUUUAUCAUGUUUUAUCUACCAUAACAGCAUCAAAGAGGGAAAUUUAGCACAGUUUAUUUUAUUUUUUUUUUUCUAACAUGGGGGCACCAGGGGAGGUGAUCGCCGGAGUUUGGCACAGGUUCAGUGAUCAGCUGAAAUAAGUUAAGAAAGUUGCACAUGUCUUUUAGCUGGUCAGACACAUCAGUUAAACGGUUUAAGUCACCGUUCUUUGAGUUACACUAUUUGCAGUUAAGUGAGUAUAGCAGAGAAAUCAAAUGAUAUCCAGCCUAUAAAUCCUCCUUGUUAGACCCUAUAGUCAUAUCAUGCUUGAUUAUGCUCCCUACUAUGCUAAUUCUAUUUCAUAUAAAACCAUGAAUGGCUACCCCACAGUCAAUGAUAUAAAUGUGACCACCUAAAUCGUACAUCUAAAUCCUAAACAUAAACAUGGCACUUGGUAAACUAAAUAUUUAAAUAUCUAUUUAAUUAUUCAAAUUUGUGUUUGCGGGUGGCGGAAGUAAUUAAGGGUACGCUCUGGUCCGUCACGCAAAAGAGUCCCCUUGCGCGAAUUGAGCGACAUACCAAUUCAGUGUGUCAGUGCUCCCUUCUUCUACUUCAUUCUCGUUUAAAUGUUAGUUACAUGUGUUAGUCCAGCAAUUUAGCCCAAACGAUUGUGAAGGUCGUCUCAGUUGUUCAGGACUUAAGCAGCAACAAAUAAACUACAAAAUUUUAAUCGAGGGAACGGGAACAACUUUUGUCAGUGACUUUGGAAGUGCACUGUAUCAAAGACGGAGAGGUGCGUUAAAAGCCAAUGCUAAUAUGGUUUCUCUACUUCCUGAGAGAAAACCCUUGCUUGUCGAUAAUGCUGGACACACAUGAAGAACAUCUUUCUGCUCAUCUUUCAAAACUACUGUACUGGACUACAGCUCUCUUAUGGCGAUGUGAGCUAUUCUUUUCCGGAGGAAAUGAAACGCGGAUCAGUGAUUGGAAAUAUAGCCAAGGAUCUUGGGCUUCAAGUAAGCAGACUUCCACCUCGGAAGGCUCGAAUUGUCCUCGAAGGAAACCGUAAAAGUUACUGCGAGAUAAACAUUAAUACCGGAGAAUUGGUCGUUGCUGAUCGGAUUGACCGAGAGGAGCUUUGUGGAUCGAAGAUUUCAUGUAUUUUGAAAUGUGAAUUGGUACUUGAGGAUCCACUCGAAUCGCAUCGGAUAUCUUUGCAAAUUCAGGAUGUAAAUGACAAUCCACCAAUUUUUGUUAAGGAUGCCGUUAAACUGGAAAUAAGUGAAUCAGCUUCCAAAGGCUCUCGCUAUAGAAUAAAUGCGGCACGCGAUGCAGACAUAGCACAAAACGCUGUGCAAAACUAUAUUUUGCAAAAAAACAAUUAUUUUACUGUAAAUGUAUUAACUAAUUCUGUUGGUACAAAAUACAGUGAGGUCAUAUUAGACAGAGAAUUAGACCGCGAGGAACAGCAAGAGGUGACCUUAUUGCUGACAGCCGUCGAUGGUGGCAGCCCACAGAGAUCAGGUACCGCAGUCAUACAAAUCACUGUGCUGGAUGCUAAUGAUAACGCCCCAGUGUUCAGCCAGGCCGUUUAUAAAGCCAGUCUGCCUGAAAACUCUCCUUUAGAGACUGUAGUAGUGACAGUCAGUGCUAAUGAUGCAGACGAAGGUGUGAACGGUAAAGUAACAUAUGAAUUCAGUGGAAUAAGUGAUUUCGCAAAGCAAAUAUUUUCAUUAAAUGAAUAUACUGGAGAAAUUAUAUUAGCAAAAAAUGUUGACUAUGAAGAAGAAACAAAAAUCGAAAUGCUAAUUGAGGGAAAAGAUGGCCAUGGUCUUUCCUCAGAAACAAAGGUAGUAAUAGAUAUAACUGACGUGAAUGACAAUGCCCCAGUGAUACAUAUUAAUUCAUUAGCAAACCCCAUACCUGAGAACGUGCCACCUGGUACAGAGGUGGGCAUCAUUAACGUGCAGGACAGAGACUCUGAGAGUAACAGACAGGUCCGCUGCUGCAUUCAGCAAGGCGCCCCCUUUAAGUUGGUUCCUUCAAUUAAAAACUAUUAUUCUCUGGUGACCACAGGACACCUGGACCGUGAACUAGUGUCUGAUUACAACAUUACAAUCACUGCCACUGACGAGGGCUCUCCACCUCUGUCCUCCUCUAAAACUGUUCAGUUGUCUGUAGCAGACAUCAACGACAACCCACCGGUGUUUGAGGAGCAGUCCUACAGCGCAUAUGUGGCUGAAAAUAACAAACCUGGCUCCACUUUAUGUUCCGUUACUGCUCGAGACCCCGACUGGAGACAAAACGGCACCGUGAUUUAUUCUCUGUUAGCCGGUGAGGUGAACGGUGCCCCGGUGUCCUCCUAUCUGUCUGUUAACGGAGACACGGGGGUGAUCCACGUUGUGAGGUCGUUUGAUUAUGAACAGUUGAGGAGUUUCAAAGUCCACGUGAUGGCGAGAGACAACGGUUCUCCUCCGCUCAGCAGCAACGUGACCGUCAGUGUCUUCAUAUCGGACGUGAACGACAACUCUCCUCAGAUACUGUACCCCGCCCCGGAGGGCAACUCCUUCAUGACCGAGCUGGUCCCCAAAGCUGCACACGGAGGCUCUCUGGUGUCCAAAGUGAUAGCGGUGGACGCGGACUCCGGACAGAACGCCUGGCUGUCCUAUCACAUAGUCAAAUCCACUGACCCGGGACUUUUCACUAUCGGUGUCCACAGCGGAGAGAUCAGGACACAGCGGGACAUUUCUGAGUCUGACAGCAUGAAACAGAACCUUAUUGUAGCAGUGAAAGAUAACGGACAGCCCUCUCUCUCUGCCACCUGUUCCAUGUAUUUACUUAUUUCUGAUAACUUGGCUGAGGUGCCAGAACUGAAGGAUAUUUCUUACGAUGAGAAGAACUCCAAGCUAACCUCAUACCUGAUCAUCGCGCUGGUGUCUGUGUCCACUUUUUUUCUGACCUUCAUUAUCAUCAUCCUGGGUGUGAGGUUUUGUCGCAGGAGAAAGCCCAGACUGUUGUUUGAUGGAGCAGUCGCCAUCCCCAGCGCGUGUCUCCCUCCUAAUUACGCAGACGUUGAGGGCACAGGAACUUUACGCAGCACUUACAAUUAUGACGCCUACCUGACAACGGGUUCUAGAACCAGUGACUUCAAGUUCGUGACAUCUUACAAUGACAACACACUGCCUGCUGACCAGACUCUGAGGAAAAGUCCAACUGACUUUGCUGCAGCGUUUGGAGAUUGUGAUGACUCUCCAAAGGUAGGAACAGUUGUCACAUCUCGUUUACCUUUUUACACCUUAAUGAUCCCGCCAAUACCCUUAUAGUUGUACCCUUAAGGGUACUAUAUAAUUUGUAUUUGCCUUUCUUGUCGUUUUUCUUACUACGAUUUUUGACAAUUUAACAUGCCUGUGAGUUAAGUCAUUUGACGUUAAACGACACUACAAGCUUAGUUUCCCUUGUUUCUAAAUUCACAUUGAGCAUAAAAAUGCAUGAUGAGUUUAUUGUGGAGUUCUUCCACUCUUCUAUGCCGAUAUUCAUAAUUCUGUUGUCAUUCAAGUAGAGGCUGUUGAUCUUUUUCUUCGUAUCCUUUCCCCAAAACUGGUCUAUAUGUUAACACAGCAUCGGAGUCUCUGCCUGUGUAUUUUGGGUAGAGCUGCAGCUUUCUCUUUGUGUCUCUGUCCUUGGUGCUGAACCUCGCUGUUGCUCUUGAUGUAUUUUCAUCUGCAACAUACCUCUGUGUUGUAUUUUUUCACAUUUUCAGCAUUUUAGAUUAAUUUCACUUACAAAUUUGAGACAUGUCUGUCCCAUUUUGUAAUUAACAUUCGGGCUCUGUAUUACAGUUAUAGUUUUUGUGAUUGGGAACAUACAUUUUGAGGGGUUCCAACGUGUGUAACAAUUAAUGUUGUUGGCCAAAGGCUGUGGAGUUGAGAUGUUUGAUGUCAUUUUAUGUUAAUCAAAAAUUAGGAGGGUCGUUUCCUUAGGGCUCUGCCCUUUUUACCAUGUGGGCACACACACUCAGACUCCUCGUGUCUCUCUCCAUGAUGCUGAAUACAGUUUUAUCUCGAGCCGAAUCUUAGCGGCAAUGUGCCAUACGUGUAUUUUCUGUGUAUGUAUUCAGAAAAUACAAACAUAUAGCCACAUUGUAGUAUGAUGUAUGACAAAUUUUUGUGUAAAAAUCCACCAUAUCUCUCUAAUACAGUAUUUAUGAUUUAAUUUUAAAGUUGUUGUUGCUGUUUUUUUACCAUAAAUGGAAAAAACAAAACAAAAUGUAUUCUCAACUUCUAAGCUUAGGCAUUUCUUAAACUGUGGUGUUAUGUUUUUCUAGGACUAAUGAGGUUCUUUGUAAGGCUUUCUCUUUUAAAUCAUGUUGUAUAGAAAAUAAUACAAAAAAGUACUCAAGGUGCCAGCUUAGACUAAUAAAGGAGAUUGCACGUUCACUCCCCACCCAUUUAUGUCAACAAAUAUUAAGCCUGUUUCUAUAAUUGUGCAGCAGACUAAAAGCGCUUCACAGUCCAACGGUUUUUGUAUAUUUGAGGAAGACACGAAUGCAUCGUUGAUAAAUCUUGUGGCAAAUUUAAAUGUGUAGUGUUCUUUUACUUGUUACUGAGGAUAACAACGUUCACUACUACGGCGUAUAAAGCAAAUCUGCCUGAAAACUCUCCUCUGGAUACAUUGGUGAUCACAGUGAGUGCAACUGAUGCAGCUUAUGGUUAUGUUACUUAUGGUCUUAACCAUGUUUCAAAUCACAAUAGCAACGUGUUUUCUUUACACCCUAAAACUGGAGAGGUGAGAGUGGCUGGAGCUAUUGAUCAUGAAAAAUCUUCAUUAUAUGAAAUGCAGAUAAGCGUAAAAGAUGGUGUGGUAUAAGCAACGUUAAUAAUUGAGAUUACAGAUAUGAAUGACAAGGCACCGGUUAUAUAUCUGAAAUCACUGUCUGACUCCAUACUGCUGAUGCAUUUGCAGAUUAUGAUGGUUCUCUUGAGGUAGGAACACAUUUUAUUUUACUAAACCUGUGAUCAACAUCCUCACUUAACCAUUCUGCAGUUUUAUUUUUUGCUUUUUUCAGUAUCAUUGUUCUUUUCUGCGAUUGUGAUUAAAUAGACGUUUCAAGGAUUUUCUUUAAAAUUCACAAUGAUGCUUAAAGGAAUUUAGAUUUCAGCUUCAUGUCAUAAUGUUAUUUUGUGAUCUUAUCUCACUUUAAAAGUAUCUGCUCACAUGAUUGCCCUUCAUGCUAUAGUAAAGUAAAACCAUUUAGUUUACUUUCCUUUUACUCUGUCCUUGGUGCUGAUCUCCGUUUGAUACUUGAUGCAUUUACUGGGCUAAUUUACCUCUCUCUCUUAUUUUGUUGUCAUUUUUCUCCUGUUUGAGUUUCAUGUUGGUGAAUUUGCUUUGAUAUUGCAUGUUCUAAAUGAUGUGUCUAAAGUUUGACAUACCAAACAUUUUUGAAAACAUAGGGUUCUUUCAGAGAAACACUUUGAAUGUUUUCAAGUUGAACUUUUGUGUUGUUGUUUUUUUUUACAUCGCAAGGGGGACAAAAUAAUAUUGUGUUGCUCAUCAGGGUAGAUUCAAGCAUUCAUACAAAGUUCUUUGGGAGAGAAAUAUGUGUUGGAUGUUUUUGUCUUAUCUAAGUUGUCAAUAUUCUUUUGAGACAAUCAAUAGAUCUGUGUGUCAGUGUAGUGAAUUAACACUGAGUACAAAUCUGUUGGUGAUAUGGUUGAAAGCGCACAGCACUUCAGUCUACAGUCUGUAACAGUCAAAUGAUGGCUCAGUAGGUUUAAUCUCAUUGAUUAAAAUGCUUAAAUAUUUUUUCCUCACAUGCUUUUAAUCUGCACAGUUACAAGGUAAAGUGUUUGUAUAUGAUUAGACCACAGAAGGUAUACCAGAAGAUAUUUAACCACAUUGUCCUCUAUUUUACUUGAUCCUAUCUUAGCCCAAUAAGGUGGAAAUGGAACGAAAGUGCAGCAAGGGAGAAAGAAAUAUGACCACUGUUUCAUGAAUGAGGUACAGACAAAACAUGUUUGGAACAUCAGUUUAGCUUUUCAGGACGCAGUACAGAUUUGAGAUAAAAUGAAACAUCUACAGAAAUCUAAAAUGAAAGUGUUCCCCGCUAAGUUUCUGUGCUGUGUCUAAAGUUUGACAUACCAAACAUUUUUUGAAAACAUAGGGUUCUUUCAGAGAAACACUUUGAAUGUUUUCAAGUUGAGUUUUCAAGUUGAACUUUUGUGUUGUUGUUUUUUUUU